AAACGUCUCUGGAGUUUGGACGCGCAGGCUGUCAAUUUAUUAAUUUUGGUCAUAAUUUAAUUAAAAAUCACAUGAAUGGACUAGAAGUGCUACGUUUCGAUAAUAUGAUGUGUGAGCGGUAAGGGUGACCAGCAAUAUGCAUUGGAAGUGCAAGCAAUGACUUCUCAUUCAGUAAGUGCAACACAAGCGAAGUUCAUUCACAGUCGAAUUGACACUGUUGAGGAACAUUUUGGUUUGAUGUGUGAUGGAUUCGCGUCAGUUGCAAGGAAGAACGCCAAAUGUCGCGAUGCUUUGGAUGAUUUUGCUAGGACAGUUGUGGCAUUCGCCGACAAGGAAACGUUAAAUCGCACCAUGAGAGCGCAAGUUACUCACUUGGCCGAUACGCUAUGUGGCAUUGCCGAUUUGCAGCAGACUUUGGUACAAAGUAUAGAGAUUAAGGUGGUGGGAGGUUUUGCUGUGUAUGAAGAGUCAUGCAAGAACGCCAGAGAGGAUCUCGAUACGAAUUUCAAAACUCAAGGUAGAGAAGCCAAGGCCGGCCAACAACUAGAAUUGGUGAAAGAAAAGGCCCCAGGUGAUAUCAGACAACUUUCACAAGCUGAAUCCAAACUUCAGCGAGCAUCUUUCGAUGUCGCCAGGACACACGCAGCAUUGGAGGAAAGCAUCGAAUUUUUCGAAAUGAAGAAGCUACGAGACUUGAGGAAAAUAUUAAUCGGAUUUUGCCAUUCUCAACUCACCUUCCAUGCACGAAGCCUGGAGCUGUUCACCCGUGCGUAUAACACGGUAGAGGACAUUCAGGUAGAAGCUGAUGUCGAGGAGUUCAAAAAAGCAUUGAUGUUCCCAACUGGAAACUUGCAGUACCGGACUCCGGAUAUGAUUAGUCGAAGCCUGACCAACUUCACACUUGGCGGAGGGAAAAACUCAGGCAGGUCAGCGAGCACCGGGCGGAUGGGCGCCGCAAGCAGCCGGCAGCUAGGACCAGGUGGCCCAUCAGCGAAUGACCUUCGGUCGAACAGGUCACAGUCACUGGACAGAGGCUACGACGGAUCAAGACUGCGGGUGCCGGUGGGCUCGCAGACAUACUUCUCACCAAGUUUUAUGUCAUACCCAGUGCAGUCCACGUCAUCCUUCGGCUAUGGGUACGGUGUGGGCCUCCGAGGGUCUAGGAGUCGUUCCACAUGAGAAGCGGCUCUUCAAGAACGGUUCCGAUUUUCGUUCUUGACUUCAGUGCAUGCAGGCUGGUAACAGUUCGCUAAGAAAAUAGGUUUGCUUGAAACAUGUAACAUGACAUUGUGAGGUAUCCAUGAACCCAUGACAUUUGUAUCGGAGUUGCUGAAGAAGCCAUCUCCACGAAUGCACAAAACGAAACGAGUGCUUGUUGUGUGAUGAUUGUGUGGUCACUCCGUGUGAAUACGUAAGCGAGAAAUAAACCCUAUGGGCGCUUCUUUUCAUUAAA